UAGUAUGGUAGUCUGUCUUUGGAACAAAACAAUAAUUUAAAUUUACAAUUAUGUGCGACCUUAAAAUAUGUAGAAUAUGUCUACGAACUGAAACAAAAAUGUAUCAACUACAAUCCUAUCAGUUACAAUAUUACUAUGAAGAAGUAUUAGCUUUUAAGGUGACAGAUAAUGAUGGACUUCCAAAAUUUUUUUGCUAUGAGUGUGCUGCAAUCUUGCAUAAAUUUCACAAAUUUAAAGAAAAAUGUUACAUGGGACAAAAGGUUUUACAAGAAAUGCUUUGGCAGGGUUCGAUCACUUAUGAACUGGUUGAAACAGUGGACAGAAGAAAUUUGAAUUUAAUAUACACAUUAAGUAAAGCCAGUGGUACAUUUGACUAUUUCAUUAAGGAGAGUAAAACUGAAAAUACAAAUAUCUGUAAACAGACAAUUACAGAUGUGGAUAAAAAUAGAGCACCUGUUAAGUUAGAAAAUGAAUUAGGUGAGAUGGAAGAUGACUUUGCAAAUGAUGAUUCUAGCAGUGAUUAUGAUCCAAUGGAUGGCAAAAUGUCAAGACCAGUUACAGUUUUUAUUAAAGCAGAUAACAUUGAUUGUAAAAUGGAAGAUUUGGAUGCCAAUGAAGGAAGAAAUAAGGGUGACAAAACUCUUCAAAGUAAAAAGCGUGAUGUUAAAAUACUAAAGUUGAUAGAGGAAGGUACUUGGGAAAAGAUUUGCUUAUCUGAAGAAGAAGCUAAGCAGGAAUUCAAAGCUAGAUCAGAGGAGGAAAGGUAUAAAACUGCAGAAAACAAAUGUACAGAUUGUUAUAAAACAUUCUCCAAGGAGGAAAUGUUGUUGCGGCAUAAAAAAAUUAGGCACAGUGAGUCCAAUGGACCCUUUGAGUGUUGCUUUUGCAAAAUGCGUUUCAAAUGGGACUGCUUGCUGCGCAAACAUAUGAGUGAGCACUACACUAAGUACAAAUGCUUAAGAUGCAACCUCAUCUGCCCGUUAGAGACCACUGCAAUAUUACAUGAAGAAUAUCAUACUGGGAUGAUAAAAAAGUGCAUGUAUUGUGAUGAAGAGUUUAGGCAUCCAUCAACAUAUUACUCUCAUCUACGUACUCACAGAAGUGAUCAUUUGUGUGUACUCUGUGGGAUUUCGUUUGUCAGCAAAAUUGGACUACAUCAGCACAAGAGAAAAAAGCAUUGUACCAAUAAUACGGAGAGUGUAGACGACGAUGAAGACAUGAACACUUUCUGUGCCCGCUGCGACAUCCGCUUUGUGACGCGGACGGCGUAUGAAAGACACAUCUUCCAGUCUACCGCACAUGCUAACGAAGACGGCGAAGGUCAAAACUCCAUUCUUCGAAAAACUCUAGAAAAGAAACCGCAAGAUAAGGGGAACGUAAAGUAUGCAAAACGGAAAUACGGAAGCAGGAAAUGUCGAAAGCCUAACAAGAAACCUAGCACGUGUCAUCAGUGUGGCAAGCAUUUCGACACGCAGGCCGCUUGUCUGAAGCACCACCUCGCUGAGCACCCAAGAACGUCGUUCUACUCAUCUACGGAGAGGCACAUCUGUGAAAUAUGCGGGGCUUCUUUGGCGCCGGGCAGCAUAGCGCACCAUCAGAACACGCACACUCGCAAGACGCUCUUCCCGUGUGACUCCUGUGGGAAGCAGUUCAACUCUUACGGUGGACUCAAGAGGCAUCAAGUGACGCACACCGGUGAGAAGCCAUAUGCUUGCACGCUGUGCGACAAACGCUUCACGCAGAGCAACAGUAUGAAACUACACUACAAGACAUUCCAUCUCAAAGAGCCGUGGCCUAAAAGAAAUAGAAAAAAGAAAGACAAUCCGCAAGAAAGUGAAGAUCGGGAUAGCAGCGACGAUGAAUUAAAAGAUUUCUCCGAAUUAAAGAAAACAGAAAAAAGAAUGAAGCCUGAUGUCCAAUCACCUGAAAAUCCGACCAUGCAUGUCUUAGAAAAUGCUAAUAUGCAAUAUCUUUCUAUUAGUUGGGGAGGGGAAGAGGCGAUUUCGGGACAAGCUCGAGCGUGUCAAUGUAUAAGAUUUGACAUUAGUAUUCCCUAG